GGCACCAAGCCUCAGCUUUAAAGUGAGCCGCAUGGGCGGCAGGAGCCUUUUGCAAUUUGCAAAGCCCAAGCAUUGGGCAAUCGUGGUUUCCUCUGGAGGGGAGGAACUCAGGCUCGCCAGCCCCAUCCCUGGGCUUCUGGGCCUCAGCCGCUCUGGCAUGGAGAAUGUGGUACAGCCUUCAGUGUUUGUGGUGGAUGGACAAACGGACAUUCCAUUCAGACGCCUGGGACAGAACCACAGGAGGCAGCGCUGCGGCAUUGGCCAAGUCAACCUGGUCCUGAUACUGCUGCUGGGCGCCGGGCUGGCUGCUCAGGGCUGGUUCCUAUUGAGACUGCACCAGCGACUUGGGGACACAGUGACUCGCCUACCGGACGGAGACGCAGACUCCUGGGAGAAGCUGACCCAAGAGCGGCGGCGGUCUCAACAGGCCAACCCAGCAGCACACCUCACAGGGGCCAAUGCCAGUUUGAUAGGCAAGGGUGGACCUCUGCUAUGGGAGACUCACCUUGGCCAGGCCUUCUUGAGGGGCCUGAGAUAUCACAACGGGGCCCUGGUGACCACGGAAACCGGCUACUACUAUGUGUACUCGAAAGUACAGCUGAGCGGCAUGGGCUGCCCCCAGAGCCUGGCCAAUGGCGUUCCCAUCACACACGGGCUGUAUAAACGUACAUCCCGCUACCCUAAGGAGCUAGAACUGCUGGUCAGUCGGCGGUCACUCUGUGGCCGGGCCAACACCUCGCGAGUCUGGUGGGACAGCAGCUUCCUGGGCGGUGUGGUGCAUCUGGAAGCAGGGGAGGAGGUUGUGGUUCGUGUACCUGGGGACCGCCUGGUCAGACCACGGGAUGGCACCAGGUCCUAUUUCGGAGCAUUCAUGAUCUGAAGUCCAUGGUAACGAUGGAUUGAUGGCAAGGGGGCACCUCUCCGAGACAGACCUCACACCCAGCAAGCAGGGAUCUUGGAGUUCCCUUUAAGAAUCCCCAAAUUCUGCAGGUGGAGCCCAGGGACCAUGUAGAAUGCUGACCUGCCUUGGGAAAUCUUCAAAUUGAAGACUUGGGGUGUGGACCCCAGGAAUGUAGGGUCAGCCCAUUUGCCUGAUAUUCAGGAAGAAAGAAUGAAGCUGGGGUAUUUAUGUGUCUGAUGACCACUGUGGACUCAGAGCUUCUGGGCUUAUAGGCUGGAGACGAGAAACCUCCUCAGGGUGUCAGGGGACCCUGGCCACUGCCACAGAUGGUCUGCAUUUGGUUUCCAGCCACUAGGGCAGCAUUGGCUAGCUGGCUGUGACCGGCCUGGGGCCAGCUCCUGAGCACAUGAAUUCUUCAGGGAUACUCUGAUGGGACCUCGGUACUCGGCCCAAUGCAUGGCUAUGACAGACUCUCCAGAAAUGAUGGGGAAAGGAAGGGAGGGAAGGAGGGAAUGCCGAAGAGAAGGAAAGACGAAAGGUAGAAAGAAGGAUGGAUUAAAGAGAGAAGAGAGGUGACCCCCUCCAGAGCACUUUAUUGCAUACACUUAGAACAGAGUGCUUCAGACCUGCAGAACGCCUGGAGCUGAUGGGAGUGUGAGAUGGCUCAGAGGAUAGAGAGCUUGCGGCUCUAUCAUGAGGAUCCAAGUUCAAGUACAGAGACAGAUGUGGUGGUGGGCACCUGCAGCCCCAUCAGUGGGGAAGGGAGGGAUGAGCUUGCUGGCCAAGCAGUCUAGCUGAAUUGGUGAGCUCCAGGUUCAGUGAGAGACCUCCUCAAAGAAAGCAGACAGCUCCCAAAGAUGACAUCUGAGGCUGUCCUCUGGACCCCACGUGCAGGA